GGCGCGGGACAGCCGUACCAUGCUGGCGUUGCCAUGGCACACCCUGCCUAAGAUCCCGUUGCGGACCCGUUUAGACUGGCCGAGCCCGCAUAUGGUGGCGGUGGAGGGUCCGCCCGCCGAUGCGCAGGCGGCACUGCGGCGAGUGCUGUACCUGCCCUACCGCUGGAUGCUGCGGUCAAAGACUGAGCUCGAUCUUCUACAGCACCUCCCGCCCGAGGAGGUGGAGGCGCGCGCGGCGGGCGCGCUCGAGCUUCUACCAGACGCCGCUGCCACCUACGCCGCACUCAAGGCCAGGCCUGGUGUGCUGCUGCGUAAUGACUUCAACGGCAUGCUGCAGCACCUGAUGGCGCUGGCGGAGGCGCUAGCGCCCGCGUUUCCUGACGGCAGCGCGCGUGGCGAAGGCGGAGGCAGCAGCAGCGGCCGUGGCGGUGGCGGAGGGGGUUGCAGCGACUGGCGGACACGUGGCAUGACGAUAGAGCGGGUCCGUGACCUGUUGGUGCUGGGCCUGCCGGACGAACCAGUGCAUCUGCUGCGCCAGCGGGUGGAGGCGCUGAUUGUGACUCUGCGGAAGAUGGGGGCCAAGGAGCCCAAGCAGCUUGCAGCCGAGAUCAUCAUGAACCGGCCCGCAGUGCUGGGCCUGUCGUCAAAGAUGCUGACGUGCAGGCUGCUGGAGCUGCACCGCUGCUUUGCGGACUGGCCGGUCGGCAGCGCCAUGCGGGCGGCGCGCUACUCGCCCACGCCGGAGGCUGGUGUCUGGCUGACACGGUGCCUCAAGAGCGACGGCGGCGAGAAGCUGCUGCUGCGGCUCCAGUACGCCGCCCACCUGCGCAAUCUCGCGGCCUCCGGUGUGAGCUUCCUCUGGGAUCCCAAAAAGCUGACUACGGAGCACGAUGACAGCAGCUGCGCGCUGGGAUAUGCGCUGGUGCAUUUGGGCUUCGACCCAACCGAGGAGCCGCACCUGGCGCCGACUCCGCUGUGGGACACGCUGCGCUUCCAGCAGUGGGAAGGGGGCCGGAAGACGUUGCUAGCGAGGAUGCAGGCGGCUGAGGUCAAGCGGCUGGUGGCAUGCGGGCCGGGGCCACAUAGUAAGGCAUGAGUUCCCGGCAUAGGCUACUUGCCAGUCGGCCAGAGUUGUUUUGCUGGUGCGGGGGAGGAGUGAGGAGGUAGGCGGUGGCCUGUGGUGGAUCACGGCGUAAUGCGACUGUGACCGCGUCACUUGAGGAGGGGAGUGUGCGGGUUCGGUGGCUUUGCAUAGAGCGCAAGAGAUACGACAAGCGUGCGUGUGGAGGGAAAAAGGACAAGGUGCUCGAGAAAGGGGUUAGCGGGUGCCCAUACCACGGCCAUACCCGGACUGCGAUGCACACGUGUGCCCUGUCUUGUCGCCAAUGUCACCUGGUCCCAGUU